AUGCCGCAAGAAGAGUGGCGAAGAAUCUCCAAGUCAGAACUCGAUGCUCUGGAGCGCGAUGCCCGUAUGGCCAUGAGGUGGGCGGAGGAGGUAAAGAGGCUCCAACGGGAGGUCCAACGCCUUCGGUCGGUCGGCGUCUUGCCCAGCCCGAUCGCCUUCAAGGGUAAGCGCAAUGAUCGUGAAGACCUGAAGGAGGGAGGAGGGAGAGCGUUUCAGCUCAAGAGCAUAGAGAGGCGAGCUUACGAGGAAGCUAUCAAGGAGCUGACCAAGACCAAUGACUUCUUGCUGAGGGAGGUCAAGGUCCUGCAGGGGAAGCUGUCUGAGACGCCCAGUCAGAGUAAUGCUCUCUCCGAGACCGGGAGAUCGAUGAUGCUGUCCUUGCGGAACCUCACGAGCAUGCGGGUCCAACAGUCGCCGACGUUGAUGGAGGGGGGCGAUGCGCUCAGGGAUGCGGAGGAGAUGAAGGGUAGGGCGAGGAAGGACUGGCUCGCGUCCAAGAGGUUCGGGAAGCAGGCGCUCUCAAGGGCGCAGGGGGAUGCUGGUGUGCCUGCCGUGGGGAAGAAGGCUGCGUCGGUGCAGACAGAAGAGCAUCUGAUGGUGGAUGAGGAGCUGGAGGGGACUUUGGAAGCGAUGUUUCAGAGGGAAAGAGCGCUAAAGCAGGAUCUGCUAGACAAGAACUAUGAGCUGACGCUGGAGAUAGAGAAGAACAAGGUGGUCCAGGAAUUCUGCAUCAACCUACAGGACUCCAUCGACGACCUUGAGUUCAAGCUGUCCGUCCUGAACGCAGACCUCUUGAAGCGAAUGGAGGAGAACAAGUCAUUGGAGAACGAGCUGUCGGCGCUGAGGGACAGGCAGAAAGCUCAAGUCAUCAUGGAGAAAGACAUCGAGGAGAAGGAGUCGAGGAUCAGGGAGUUGCUCCGUGACGUAGAGCACCUGGAGGACGAGAACAUGGAACUGACAUAUCAGUCGCUGGAGGCGAUAUGGAAAGGUUCAAUCUCCAGUGUGAACCCGGUGUACUUUGCGGACCCACAGCCGACAAAGUUGGAAAGGAUUCUUGCAAAGGCCAAGGGCACCAAGGAGCCACCGGGAGGCGGGAAGCAAGGGAGCGCGGGGCAGGAGGACGUGCAGGCAGAGCUGAUGGAGGCUGUUCUGAAGGGAUUCCAGAGCGUCGCUUCCUUCCUGUCGUGGGCCGAGAAGUUCUCAUUCGUCGAGCAAGGGAUGAAGCUGAUUAGCCUGCGGGCCAUGAUCGCUGAGUUCUGCAAGCUUGAGGGCACAGCGGGGAUGGAGGAGGCGAGAGCGGCUGCACUGUUCAGGUCCAUCGGACUGAGCGCGGACAGUGACGUGAUCAUGGACGUGUUCUGCCGGCUGGUCAGCAGCUCGGUCAAGGGUUCUCCUCGCCCUCCAGUGAAGCAAGGAGGGAGGUCAGACAGACCGAGCUUGCAGGAGGACAUCAGGGAGGAGAUCGAGGAGGACCUGGAGGAUACAGAACUUGCUGAGGAGCAGCUGGGAGAGUCCCACCUCUCUGGGUCGAUCGACCACGAUGACAGUGUCGGUGCUCUGUGGAGCCUGGUGAGUGUUGGGGACUCUAAGGACACCUUUGCUCGGAACCGCGUGUCGUCGGUCGACAUGAGCUCUAUGAAGCACUUACUGGAUGAGAGGACUUUGGCCCUUCUGAAGGACCAGGGGCGCUCCUGGCUGGUCCAAAAGCUGCAGAACAUCUACAAGCUGGCUAAGGCGGGGAGGUUCCCCAACCGGUGGGCCUUCUUCGACAUAGUGACGACGAGUAUCAUCCUCCCGUUCGAAUCGGAGGUGAACCAACUCAAGUUUGCUCUGAAGAAGCAGGAGGAGCUGUUCGCCGAGCGGGUGAGGAAGGAGCUCUGCAACAUUGCGAGCAAGCUCGAGCAAUUCAAGGACGAGAGGAACAGGUUGGAGCUGGAGCGAGACAAGCUCAAGUCCGAGCUCCGCGCGGCGAGCGAUGCUGUGGAGAGGAUGAGCAUUGAGCACAAGAAGGUGAGCGGUGUCGUGCGGCUCCUGAGCAUGAGCGCCAUCGAUCGCUUCGUCUUCCUAGGAGGGAAUCGGAGGGUCAAGGUGGCCGACACGCUGGAGGCAGCCAAACCCAACGUGAUCUUGGAGCUGCAGGAUGAGACGAAGCGGCUCCAAACUGACUGCAGGGCUUACAAGUGCUGCUACCGCCUCCUCCUGGAGGUCUGGCACAGCAUUCCCGGGAGCGAGCAGGUGAGGCUGAUGGAGGAGCUGUCCUACCUCCGGGUGCAGCACGUGCAAGUCAUGGAGGGAGCGUAUCUGGAGAUGGACAGGAGGAUGAUAGACCGGGUCCUUCAAGCGAGCUAUGGCAGCACGGGAGGGGUCUCCGAUGCCGUGGACGUCACGGACACCAUCGUAUCGCUCGUGAGGGAAGGGGGGAUAGAGACCUGCCUCGUCGACGAUGCGCUCUUCAAGAUCAAGAGCAAGAGGGGGACUCGCCAGGAGGAGGACGCUCCUCCUCCUCCUCCUGCUCCUCGGAAAUGUCUCAUCAUAGCGUACAUACAAGCUGACAACCAGCUGCUUGCAAGCGAGGAAGUCCCCAUCCGCACCCACCCUGACGAGCUCGUAGCCGACGCGCUGCAUGGCAUAUCGGAGAUGCUGCUAAGGUGGGGGGUAACGGUUGACGAGCUCAUGGACGAGGUCAGGAGCUCCCACGACCCGCCGCUGUCGCGGGACUUGAAACUGAUCAGCUGGGAGAAAUUCUUCGAGGUCAUGCAGAGGAUGCCGGUGGAGAUUGGGGGGGAGCAGGAGUUCAAGCGCAUCCUCAGCAACAGUCAGCUCAUCGUGGACUCCAACAAGGUCCACCUCUCUGUCCUCCAGAGCCGCCUUGAGACGCACUACUGGUUCCUCGCCGCUCGCAGCCGGACGGGAGGAGGGGAGGGAGGAGGAGGAAGGAACUUGGGCCUGCAGGAAGAGGUUGGGCGGCACCACCUGGACCUGCAGUCCUCCCGCCGUGACAACUUGAUCGAUGCGAGAUCACGGCAGGACAGGAUGGAGAACAGAGUUUGCUUGCAGGCACUUUUCAUUCAAUCCUUGCAGAUCCUGCUGGGGAUAGAGAAGGAGCGCAGCAAGGCAGCACGUGCGGCAGCCGCUAUUGCGACAGGGUAG